UCCCGCCCCCCUCGCCUAGCAACUGAAAGUGAGGCUGGUUUUUGAGGUAUAAAAUGUUGCCAACUCUUCAACUUUAUUAAAACUUUUUUGUGUCAGGUGUCCGUUGUUUGUAUUUCAAUUCGUUCAACACUCAAACGGACCCACAGCUUAUCUUUCGCACAAGCACAUCUUAUCAUCCACCUUUCGUAUUUUAAAGAUACCAGUUCUGUUUUUUCUAAACAGUAACUUCAUCGUGAAAACUUCAUUAAUUUUUUAAGGAUCAAACCACAAAAGGGUAAAGAUACACAAUGACUCAAUCACGUUCAUAUCCAGCCACCACGGACAAGACUGUCCUCAACCACUACUUGGAACUUCCUCAAGAUAAAGAGAAUGUCAUGUGUGAAUAUAUUUGGAUUGACGGUACUGGUGAAGGUCUGCGAAGCAAGUGUCGUACGUUGGAAGGGGUCCCGGCCCAGCCAAGUGACUGCCCCAUUUGGAAUUUUGAUGGUUCCAGUACAGGUCAAGCAGAAGGUUCCAACUCUGAUAUGUACUUGUAUCCAGUUGCUAUAUUUAAGGAUCCAUUCCGUCGUGGGGACAACCGCCUUGUUUUGUGUGAUGUCUAUAAGUACAACAAAAAACCUGCAGAAACCAAUAAAAGAUGUACAUGUGUAAGUGCGAUGGAAUCGGUGAAAGAACAACAUCCGUGGUUUGGAAUGGAACAAGAAUACACAUUGCUGGAUUAUGAUGGUUAUCCUUUCGGAUGGCCUAAAAAUGGUUUUCCAGGUCCACAGGGUCCUUAUUACUGUGGUGUCGGUGCUAACAAAGUGUUCGGUCGGGACAUUGUGGAAGCCCAUUACAAGGCCUGUCUUUAUGCUGGAAUAAAGAUUUGUGGUUGUAAUGCUGAAGUUAUGCCUGCUCAGUGGGAAUUCCAAGUUGGGCCAUGUGAAGGUAUUGAAAUGGGAGAUCAUUUGUGGAUGGCCCGGUAUAUUCUUCAUCGUGUUGCUGAAGAUUUGGGUGUUGUCAUUAGUUUUGAUCCAAAACCAAUGACCGGAGACUGGAAUGGUGCAGGAGCACAUACCAACUUCAGUACCUUAAACAUGAGGAAGGACAAUGGUUUGAAGUACAUCGAGGCAGCUAUUGAGAAGUUAGCUGAAAAUCAUGAAGAGCACAUCAGAGCAUAUGACCCAAACAAAGGCCAGGACAACGUGAGACGGCUCACUGGACGCCAUGAAACCUCUUCUAUUCAUGAGUUUUCAGCUGGUGUUGCCAACCGUGGGGCAAGCAUUCGCAUACCAAGGUCUGUGGCAGAUGAAAAGAAGGGUUACCUUGAAGAUAGACGCCCCUCUUCCAAUUGUGACCCAUAUUCAGUUACGGAAAUCAUUAUCAGGACCGUGUUAUUAUAAGGCAAUUCUCUCUCCUCUCUCUCUCUUUCUCUCCUUCUCUCCUCUCUCUCUCUCUCCU